AAUAGAAGGCUGUGAUGCGAUCCAAGAAGUUUUUGUCUCUCACAGUCACAGCCAAAACAGCUGUUUUUCAUUACUAAUUGCCUCACUACUCAUCCCAUCCAACUCAGCAAUAACUCGUCUUAUCUCACUCCUCCCCUUUCUCUCCUCCUCUAUAUUUUAAGCGCCGACAACCAUUUCUCUCUUUCUUUCAGAUUUUCUUCUUUCCUCAGCUCAGACUUGUCGUUCCUUUCCAAACUCACUCCGCGUCAACCGAGUCAAGAUUCUUUUCCCAACUCACCAUUGUAAAUACUAAUACGCUUUUUCCUCUAUCUCUCUUUUUUUUCUCGACUGAUAUUCCACCUUCGCUCUCUUUUUUUGAGGGCCGAGAUCUGAUAUUUAAAACUGCUCCAAGCUUAUUUUUUUUGGUGAAAUUGGGAAUUUUUUCCAGAUCCAUGGACUCGUUUUUUUAGACUCAGUACGAGUUCAGACCAAAUCGGUGAUCGUUGCCGAGUUUUGGUGACAGAGAAUAUAGUUAUUAGGAUUUUUCAUUUAAGGUAGGGUUAAGAGUAUGGCAGCUGUGCGAAGAUGGAGCGAGGGAAUGUCCUCAGAUAAUAUUAAGGGUUUGGUUUUAGCCAUUUCUUCCAGUUUAUUUAUUGGGGCAAGUUUCAUUGUUAAGAAAAAAGGCUUGAAGAAAGCUGGUGCUUCUGGCGUCAGGGCAGGAGUUGGAGGGUAUUCGUACUUGCUUGAGCCACUUUGGUGGUUUGGCAUGAUAACAAUGGUCGUGGGGGAAAUUGCUAAUUUUGCUGCUUAUGCAUUCGCACCAGCCAUCCUGGUCACUCCUCUUGGUGCACUCAGCAUCAUUAUCAGUGCGGUACUUGCGCAUAUCAUUUUGCGGGAAAAGUUACAUACUUUUGGGAUUCUUGGUUGUGCUUUGUGUGUUGUGGGCUCAACAACAAUUGUGUUGCAUGCUCCCCAAGAACGUCAGAUUGAAUCUGUAACAGAAGUUUGGGAUCUUGCUACAGAGCCAGGAUUUUUGUUUUACACAGCUCUGGUCUUAACAGCUGUCUUUACACUUAUAUUCCACUUUGUUCCACAAUAUGGACAGACACACAUUAUGGUUUACAUUGGAGUUUGCUCUCUCGUGGGCUCCAUUUCGGUCAUGAGCGUUAAAGCACUUGGUAUUGCCUUGAAGUUAACCUUUUCAGGAAUGAAUCAGCUUCUGUAUCCGCAAACUUGGGCCUUUACUUUAGUUGUGGCUUCUUGUGUGAUUACCCAAAUGAAUUAUUUAAACAAGGCGCUUGAUACUUUCAACACAGCUGUUGUUUCUCCUAUAUACUAUGUUAUGUUUACAUCACUGACCAUUUUGGCUAGUGUCAUCAUGUUUAAGGAUUGGGAUAGGCAGACUCCAACUCAGAUUAUAACAGAGAUGUGUGGAUUCAUAACAAUCCUUUCGGGAACUUUUCUUCUUCACAAAACCAAGGACAUGGUCGAUGAUUAUGUUCAAUCAGGUCCAAGUUUGACAACUUCUAUAUCAAUGCGAUCGUUAAAGCAUGAAGAAGAGGAUGGCUUUGAUGAAGGUGUCCCUCUUAAACGGCAGGAUACAUCGAGAAUACCUUAAUCGAAGUUAUAAGUCGUCAUUGCUAUUCCUGCAAAGCUGAAAUAGCUCUUGGGGAGAAAACCCUCGAUACCUCAAUGAUAUUGUAAUUUUUUAUCACCCAACUUAUACCAUCCUAAUUCAUUUUUUUGGAGGUACACAAGAGGAGGUGAGAUUUUCAUUGGCCUUUUUCCAUUUUAUUAUAGUCCCUUUGGCUCCGAGAUGCUAGACUAUAUAGAUUUCAGCUUCUGCCUUGCGUACACUAUCACUCUAUCCCCAGUUGGUUGAUACAGAAGAUAUGGCCAAAUGUAAAAUCUUGAGCACAGUGGUUAAUACAUAUUGUUAUCCUUUUGCUUUAUUAUAUCAACAAUUGGAUGGAAUUUGAAUGCUGAUA